GGUGUUGACUGUUUUAUUUUUUUAGGGAAUCUCAGUUUCUUAAGCUCUUUACAAGUUUUAGUUCCAAUUUUAGAAUAUUUAUUCCACAUCUUAAUAAUGCCAGAAACGAUGAUCAGUCAAAACGGUUUCAAUGGUGAUGGUCAUGAAGAAGAAACAUUUCUUUUCACAUCUGAGUCUGUGGGGGAAGGUCACCCAGAUAAACUAUGUGACCAAGUGAGUGAUGCUAUACUUGAUGCCCAUUUAGCCAUCGAUCCAAAUGCAAAAGUUGCAUGUGAAACCUUUGCAAAGACUGGCAUGGUUUUAGUUGGUGGCGAAAUCACAUCAAAAGCGGUUAUCGAUUACCAAAAAGUCAUUCGUGAUACUAUUAAACACAUCGGUUAUGAUGACUCAAGCAAAGGCUUUGAUUGCAAAACCUGCAACGUUCUCCUUGCUGUUGAGCAACAGAGUCCGGAGAUUGCUGAUGCUGUUCACAUCGGGAAGAAAGAGGAAGACAUAGGAGCCGGGGAUCAGGGUCUUAUGUUCGGUUAUGCAACAGAUGAGACAGAGGAAUGCAUGCCACUCACUGUCACAUUAGCCCACCGACUCAAUGAGAAACUUUCUGAACUAAGAAGAGAUGGGACUCUGGCUUGGCUGAGGCCAGAUUCGAAAACACAGGUCACCAUAGAGCAUCGUUUGGAGCACGGAGCAGUCGUCCCGAUUCGUGUCCACACCAUUGUCAUCUCCACACAACACGAUGAACAAAUCUCACUUGAAAAAAUGAGGAAAGAAAUUCUUGAAAAGAUCAUAAAAGCUGUGGUUCCCUCUCAAUAUUUGGAUGAAAAUACAAUUUAUCAUAUUCAACCAUCUGGAAAGUUUAUCACAGGAGGACCUAUGGGGGAUGCUGGUUUAACUGGGCGUAAGAUUAUUGUCGACACAUAUGGAGGGUGGGGUGCUCACGGGGGAGGUGCUUUCUCUGGUAAAGACUUUUCUAAAGUUGAUCGAUCUGCCGCUUAUGCUGCACGAUGGGUGGCAAAGUCCCUUAUAAAAGCUGGACUAUGCAGACGUGUUCUUGUACAGGUAUCUUAUGCAAUUGGAAUUUCUGAACCUCUGUCUGUUUAUGUGAGCUCAUACGGCACUUCCAAACUUCAUGAUAAAGAAUUACUGCAAGUAAUCAACGAUAACUUUGACCUCAGGCCUGGAAUCAUUGUCAGAGAAUUAAACCUUCGUCGUCCCAUCUACCAUGAAACAGCUUGUUAUGGUCAUUUUGGCCGCAAACAGUUCAGUUGGGAAACCCCGAAAACUUUAGUUAUUCGCCCCGAGAUUCAAUCUACUCUUAAAGAAGCUGGAGAUUCCCCGAUAACAAAGCGAUCCAGGCACGGAAAUACACAUUAGUAAAGCCUCAACUCCGUUGUACGCAAAAUUUUAUCAUUUUUUAAAGCAACUGAUUUUAUCCGAACAGUACAACAAUCGCCCCUUGGCAAUUUUUUACAUGCAGUCACAUUCCCGAUAGUAUAAGCUUUCUCAAUCCAAGGUUUGUUUUUAUUUUCCGUGAUGAAGUUGGGCAUGUUAAGUCAUCUUACCUACACGGAAUAUGUGUGUUACUUUUUACGCUUAACACGAGUACGUUGGAACUAGGGGUCUUGAUUGUUUUUCAUAUUAUUCAUUUAAUCAAUUCCCAUUUUUGUUGGCCCUUUCUCAUCUCCAGCUGCUUUGCAACAAGUUGUACAUAUAAUAUUUUGUUUGCUUUCAUGUAUCGCGAUUUAUAGUUUUGGUUGUACAGUACAUUAAACUGGUGGUAUAAUCGCUUCCAGGUGAAUUAACAUUAUGGUUUGCUUAUACGCAGCAACAGUGUAUGUUCGACUCCAAUAGAAAAUAAAUGUUAAAUCGUUGCA